GUAUAAGAGACAACAGCAUCCUGGACAUAGCAGACUGGGGUUCCACCAGCUACAGAAAUGAGGUCCAUUCUGAUCAUCUGCCUCCUCGGCUGCUUCUUUGCAGCAUAUGAGGCCAAAAUCUUCAAGUGUGGGCUGGCCCGCAAGCUGAAGGCAGAGGGAAUGGAUGGCUUCCAUGGCUACAGCCUGGCAAACUGGGUCUGCAUGGCUGAGCAUGAGAGUAACUUCAACACCCAGGCCUUCAAUGGGAAAAAUGACAAUGGCAGCAGUGACUAUGGGAUCUUCCAGAUCAACAGCAAGUGGUGGUGCAAAAAUAACUCCUCCCCUUCAGCAAAUGCCUGCAACACAAUGUGCAGUAGGUUUCUGGAUGACAACAUCAGUGAUGACAUCACCUGUGCCAAGAGGGUUGUGAAAGAUCCUAAUGGGAUGUCUGCCUGGGUGGCCUGGGUAAGACACUGCAGAAACAAGGAUUUGUCCAGAUAUCUAGCCAGUUGUAAUCUGUGAGACUGUCAUUGAAUAUGGCUCCUGGAGAAAGUGGCCAAGUUCUUGGAAACUCUGAAUUUCUAACCCCCCUCCCCCAUCUCUGCCUCCAAAAUAAAAGUUACUCAAGUUCAGCUGUCUUAAGUAUCAUGUUUAAGGACUGGGUUAUGAUGAGACUUGCUACCUGCUAUAGACAGCUGAAGAUCCUCAUUUCUCCAAGC